AUGCAACAGCACCGAAGCAGUCUGAUGGGCGGUGAAGCGGACCAGAGCCUGUCCAAGUACCAAAGACAACCCGCGCAUCCCUGCUUGGCUAGCAGUGUCGACCUCAACCUCGUGAACUUCCCGGCCGCGGUUUUCCAGGAAAGUUGCGAAGCACAGCAGGUGUCUGAGGAUUGGCCGCCAGUGCUAGGCAAAGAUUCAGUUGGCAGGCAUCUGCAGUACAGUGAUCACGACACACAAGACCUCGAUUUGAGGAUGCCCAGUGGCGAAAGAACAUGUCUUGAACCAAGUCUUAACAGGAUCGACGAAACACACAUUGGCAAGUCAGCGACAAAGUUCCGACUCUUGCUUGGCCUUGAGGCGGUGUGGCACUUUUCGGCAUUACAAGUGCCACAGCAUCAAGUAAGGGUCUGGAAAGAUAUCGAUCCCUCGCAGUCCUUGGACAUACCUACCCUGCCUGCCCACGUACGACUCUCUGUCGGCCACAUCGAUAUUACACAGCGGCGAGUGACUGCACGAUCGGACUACCUUGCCCGAAAUGUCUCAGCAAAAGGUUGCCGGCAGAGGUCUUCAUUGAGGAGCAAGUUUCUUUAG